AGCUCGACUUUCAUGACUUUUUCAAACAGUUUUCAAUAGCUUUUACAUACAUUUUCUGUUAUAGUUGAUUCAAUAACCAUGAAUAUCACUCUUUAUUCAUUAUUGUUAUUUAUGUGCUUCACAAAUUUAUUCUUUUGUAAUAAUUUAGCAGUUGCCAGUCAAUUAUCAUCUGAGAGUACAGACACCCCCGAAGUCGAAAUUGGCAGUCUAUUUGAUAUUAUAGAAGUCCCCAAAGUUGAAGAUAUUUUAGCUGUAGCCAGACAAUUAAUAUUAGAGACAACAGUAAUUCCUGAAACUGGGGAUAAUUCUGAAUUGGCUAAUGAAUUAUUAUCAUCUGUGACUGAAGUAAUAUCCAAAACUGAAGAUAAUAUUAAAAUAGCUAAUGAAUUGACAUCUGUAAUCCCGAAAAUUGAAGGUUCUACUAACCCAUCUAGUGAAUCAUCAAAAUCGGAAGAAAGUGUUUGGAAACAUUUGUUGGAUAAUCUUGAAAUUACUACUGAAUUAACAUCUGAGACUACAGCAAUUCCCAAAACUGAAGGUUCUGCUAACCCUUCUAGUGAAUCAUCAAGAAAGGAAGAAAGUAUUUGGAAACAAUUAAUGGACAAUCUUAAAAUGGCUACUGAGUUAAAAUCUGUGACUACAGUAAUCCCCAAAACUGAAGGUUCUACUAACCCAUCCAGUGAAUCAUCAAAAUCGGAAGAAAGUGUUUGGAAACAUUUGUUGGAUAAUCUUGAAAUGACUACUGAAUUAACAUCUGAGACUACAGCAAUUUCCAAAACUAAAGGUUCUGCUAACCCUUCUAGUGAAUCAUCAAUAAAGGAAGAAAGUAUUUGGAAACAAUUAAUGGGUUCUGCUAACCCUUCUAGUGAAUCAUCAAAAUCGGAAGAAAGUAUUUGGAAACAUUUGUUGGAUAAUCUUGAAAUGACUACUAAGUUAAAAUCUGUGACUACAGUAAUCCCCAAAACUGAAGGUACUACUAUCCCUUCUAGUGAAUCAUCAAAAGAGAAUGAAAAUUUUUCAAAACCUGUAUUGGAUAAUCUUAAAAUGGCUAAUGAAAUAAAAUUAUUGACUGCAGCUAUCCCGAAAACUGAAGAUUCUACUAACAUUUCUAGUGAAUCAACAAAACACGAUAAAAGAUAUUGGAAACGUUUUUUAGAUAAUCUUAAAGUGGUUAAAGAAUUAACAUCAGUGACUACAGAUAUCCCGAAAGCUGAAGGUUCUACUAACGUUCCUAGUGAGUCAUCAAAACAUGAUGAAAGUUUUUGGAAAAAUAUUUUGGAUCAUCUUAAAAUGACUAAUAAAUUAACACCAUUGACUAGAGUUAUCCCCAAAACUAAAGGUUCUACUAUGGUUCCUAGUAAAUCAUCAAAACACAUGAUGAAAGUUUUUGGAAACAUUCGUUGGGAUCUACUAAAAUUUUAAGUAAACCACCACAAGAUAAUCAUGGAUCUGUAAUAAUGGGCUAAUUUGUUACCAUCUGGGCCUACAGUAGUCCCCAUACUUGGAGAGGCAAAUUUUCAAUUUUUUUCUAACAGUGAAAUGCUUAGUACUUGCAUAUGACUUUUUGCGGUUUUACAUUUUAUGCUAACUUAAAAAACUUUCAAUUUUGAGCAACAUUUCUUGUGAUUAUUCAAAAAAAUAAUUGUUUGUAAUGUUUGUUUUAAUAAAUGUAAUAAAUGUAAUAAAUUUA